GUUUACUUUCAGUAGGUUCAUUAAAGUUGUAUGUUUGUUUUGAAAAAAUAAAAAUAUCAUAAAAUAAUACCUACAAUAUAUAGUGUAAAGCUAUUGCUGGUUACGCUAACAAACUUGUGUAGUAAUUAUUUCCGGGGUAAUUUUGUAACUUGGAAACGUAAUACACUGUACCACCCAUCCAGUACGCUUGUCCCCACUGACCUGUGACCGGUCCCCGCUUUCAUGUCGACUGCGGUGCUAAUUGCCGCUGUUGUCGGCGGAGGGGUCCUAUACGUUAUGCGCCGUUUGUUCCCCGCUCAGAAAGCCGGAAAGCUGCUCCGGUAUCCAGCCGACACCAUGCGGGGAAAGACAGUCAUCGUGACCGGGGCUAACUGCGGGAUAGGCAAGGCCCUGGCCGCAGAGCUCCUGAAGCUCCGAGCCCGGGUCAUCAUGGCCUGUCGGGACCAGCGGAGCGCCGAGGAGGCAGCUCAGGACAUUAAGAAACAAGCGGGACCAGACCAGGGGGAGGUGGUCAUCAAACACCUGGAUCUCGCCUCUCUUGGAUCAGUACGAAGAUUUUGUGAGGAAAUUAAUGAGGAGGAGUCCAAAAUUGACGUGCUCAUCAACAAUGCAGGCAUCUUCCAGUGUCCUUACACGAAGACAGAGGAUGGUUUUGAGAUGCAGCUCGGUGUGAACCACCUGGGUCACUUCCUCCUCACUCACCUCCUGCUGGACCUCCUGAAGACUUCUGCUCCCAGCCGCAUCGUUGUGGUUUCCUCUAAGCUUUACAAGUAUGGCCACAUCAACUUUGAUGACCUGAACAGUGAAAAUAACUACAACAAGGCCUUCUGCUACAGUCAGAGCAAGUUGGCCAACCUGCUGUUUACACUUGAACUGGCUCGUCAGCUGGAAGGCACAGAGGUCACAGUCAAUGCUCUCACCCCGGGCGUCGUAAGGACCAGACUAGGCAGGCAUGUUCAAAUCUCCCUCCUGGCAAAGCCGCUGUUCUACCUCGCCUCACUGAUCUUUUUUAAGAGUCCACUUGAGGGGGCCCAGACUCCUCUCUAUCUGGCCUGCUCCCCAGAGGUGGAGGGAGUGUCAGGCAAGUGUUUCGCUAACUGCGAGGAGGAGGAGCUGAUGGCCAAAGCUACAGAUGAGCAGGCAGCCAAGAAGCUGUGGGACAUAAGCAGCAGGAUGGUUGGACUCACUAACUAAGCAGAGUCCUGUUCUGUGGACGGUGUUUCAGGGGACUUAAGUAUUCCUGGACAAGAUAAUUAAUCCUUAGCAGCCCCACAGACUGUACAGGGAGAGAUGGCUUGUGAAAAGACCAAUUGCCACCUUUCAGAUAAAAUCAUUAAUUGACUGACAUAUUGUGCCAGUGAAGUGUGUGAAUUAAGUCUCUGUAAGCAAGUGCGCUGCGAGUGUAUUGCACAGAGAUUGUAUAAAAUUUGAACAAUUAAAAAAAUGUGCCACUACAAGAAUCCACAUAAAUUUGUGACACUAGGAAAUGUGGGUCUAAACAGGAGAAACAUGAUAAAAGAGCACACAUACAUCACUUAUAGGGAUACUCCAGCAAUUAAAAAUUGUAUUUCCAUUAAGCUCGAGUUUAUACCAUCAGAGUUAUACUUUGGGAAGCUCCCUCCAGAGACACAAAAGACAUUAUACAGCAGUUUCUACAGGCUAAGUUGUACUCCUCAUGAUAAAUGAAUGGACUUUAAUGUGCAAAAUUGAUGGAGUGCCUCUUUAAUUGUAGAUUUCCCAUUUGUGCUUAACAUUUACAAAUCAUAAUAUAGCAUAUAUGGAAGUAUUUCAGAGCCAAAAGACACUAAAAUAAUUCCUAAAACUUGAUAGUGUCUGCUUGGUCUGAGGUUAUGAAUACAAAACCUAGACAGCACCUUACUCUUAUGCCAGUGACCAAGAUUCACACACAGACCUCAUCAUGAUCAAAGGGAGUGAACUCAUCUCGUAGCAUUCAUCAAAGCCAAGCUGAGCUGUCACAUUUUCCUCCACUGUGAGGUCACAUUAUUGCUUGUGCUUUGCAAAUCCUCAGAGUGGAGUGAGGAGCAUAUCCGUUUCUGGUUCAGCUAUGGUGUUUGAAUGCUAAAUUUGUGCAUACUUUAGCAUGUAUUUUUGCCGUGUAUAAAGGAGAGGCGGGAGGGGGCAGCUGUUAAUCUAGUUUCCCUCUCUCGAUGUGUUUGAAGUGUAAAUGCUCUCUGCUGUGUCUGGAGGAGCUGGAACAAUAAUAAGGUCGACAAUGCAGAUCAGUGGGAUGCUGCUGCGCUGGGGCUCCCUCCUGUGGAUGGAUUCAGUCGCACAUGUAAAUGUCCUCAUACCUCAGCAGGUAGGAAAGGAGGGAAAGGAGAUGAAGCAAUGAAUAUAAAUGAAAUAAGUGAAUUUCAGAUGCACAAGAAUAAUUAGAAGAAAACCCUGACUGAACGUCCUGUAUAAGCUAAUAAAACCACUGUUUGUAAAGAAGGCUGAAUACAGAGGGUGGACUAAAUACAAGGCUGCAACCGAGAGUUAGUUUCAUUAUUGAUCAAUCCACCAAUUAUUUUCACAACGGACCAUAUACGUGAUCAUUAUAUGUGAGAAAACACUGGGAAAAUCAAAUUUUCCUAAAGUCCUGUGAGAAAUAAUGUCAAGACAAAAAAAGUCUUGUUCAGACCUGCAGCGUUUAGUCCAUUAAUUGAUUAAUCAAUUGACAGAAAAGUAAUCUUCAACUAUUUUGAUAUUUGAUUAAUUUGAGUUCUUCAAGACAAAAAUGCCAAAAUUUUCUGUUUGAAUAUUUUCAGAUUUCCUUCAUCUUCUAUGAAAGGAAACUUAACAAAAACUUGGGGUUUUGAUUAUUGGACAAAACGAGACAUCUAAAAACGUCACCAUGGGCUUUGGGAAUCUGGGAUUGACAUAUUUUACAAUUUUCUGACAUUUUGU